AUGCUAUUAACUGAUAAGGUGUUUGCGUCUGAAAUAUCAGCUAUAGCUAUAACUGGAAGAGAUGCUUGGAAUAAAGCCACUCCUCAACCAAUUACUAUAUCAGUAUCCCUUCAAACCAAUUUCCAUAAUGCAGCAAUUGCAGAUAACCUUAAUCAUUCCUUAAAUUAUGCUGUUAUUUCCCGAAAUAUUUCUGAAUUCAUGAGAGCUAACGAGCAUAAGAAUUUUAAAUCGUUAGGAAAUAUUGCUGAAUCAGUAGGGGAAAUUGUGCUAGAUGAGAAGAAAGGUGGUGGUACUAUUGCAGAAGUUAUUGUGAGAAGUAAUAAAUCUGAAAUUAGAGCUGACUCAAUCAAUUACAAGAUAAACAGAUCAAGAGAAGGUACUCUUGAUACUCCAGAUCAAAUAAAUGUUAUUAAGUUACGAUUAUUAACUAUUAUCGGGGUAUUCACAUUUGAGAGAUAUCAAAAACAAAUUGUGGAAAUUGAUUUAUCAUUCAAUUUAGAAAAACGUGCAAAUGUUUCUAUUCAUCAUAUUAUAGAUGAUGUUGUAUUCUAUGUGGAAUCAUCGAACUUCAAAACAGUGGAGGCAUUGGUCAUGAAUAUUGGACAAUUGAUUUUCCAAGAACAUGGCGAGGGUAUAAAAUAUACCGAUAUCAAAGUUACCAAACCGAAUGCUAUUAGUUACACUGAUGGUGUUGGUGUUUCGUCAAGAAUGGAUGCCAAUUCCUUUGAAGGUCUUGAAAAAAUCAGCUUACAAGUGCAACAUAAACAUAAUGAAAAUUCAUUUAAUUUACCUGCAGACGAGAUAAUUGUUUCAGAAGGUUGGCACGAAGCUUAUAUUGCAUUUGGAUCUAAUAUAGGGAAUCAAGUUGAAAAUAUUCAAAUUGCCUUGAAAUUAUUGGAAGAGAAUGACAUUAAAGUUGUUUCUACUUCUUCUCUUUACAUUUCAAAACCAAUGUAUGUCAAAGACCAACCAGACUUUGUGAAUGGUGUUAUAAAAGUCCUAUUCCAAAGCAAAUCACCUCACGAGUUGCUUAAAGUUUUAAAAGAUAUUGAAUAUGUACACCUUAACAGAAUUAAGCUUAUUGAUAAUGGUCCACGUUCAAUUGACUUGGAUAUUAUAUUAUUUGAUGAAGUCAGUUUAAAUACAGAUGAUCUUGUCAUUCCACACAAGUCUAUGUUAGAUAGAACUUUUGUAAUGCAACCAUUAUGUGAGUUGAUUCCUCCUGAUACAAUCCACCCAGUUACAGCUGAACCAAUUCAUAAUCAUUUAAAACAACUCCUCAAGAGCAAUCCAGCCACUUCGAUUCAAGAUUCAUCUGCCUUAUGGCAAGUGAAUCCUUUAACUCGUCUCGAUAUCAGUUCAAAUCCAUUAAAGUUUGAUCCAUUAUAUAGUAAAAAUCCAACUUUAAUCAUGGGUAUAUUGAACAUUACUCCCGAUUCAUUUAGUGAUGGUGGUAAAAACUUCAAUACCUCAAUUGAAGAUAUUCGUACGAAAGCAUCUAAACUUCUUGAUGAUGGUGCUUUGAUAAUAGAUAUUGGAGGCGUUUCUACUAGACCAGGUAGUGUUGAACCUUCUGAAGAAGAAGAAUUAAACCGUGUGAUUCCUGUUAUACAGGCCCUAAGAUCAUCAGAUGAUUCUAGAUUAUCCAAAUGUAUAAUUUCUGUUGAUACUUAUAGAGCCAAUGUUGCAGAAAGAGCAUUAGAGGUAGGUGCUGAUAUAAUUAAUGAUGUUUCAAUGGGUCUAUACGAACCAAGAAUCUUCGAAGUUGUUGCAAAACAUGGUUGUCCUUAUAUUGUAAAUCAUACCAGAGGCAGACCAGAUACUAUGUCGAAGUUAACUGAGUAUGAAUCAAAUACAAAUGAUGAUAUUACUGAGUAUUUCAUCCAUCCAGUCACGGGUCAUCAAGAGAUCAACUACGGCCCUGAAACAGAAAACCUAAUUAAUGGUAUUUCGAGAGAAUUGGGUUUACAAAUUUUAAAGGCAUUUGAAAAGGGAGUUAGAAAAUGGCAAAUCAUUCUUGACCCUGGUGUUGGAUUUGCUAAAAAUUUAAGUCAAAAUUUAGAUAUUGUAAGACAUGGAUCUACAUUUAAAAAAUAUUCUAUGAAAUACGAUGCAAAUGAUAAUGAUAUUAAAAUAAAACAUUCCUAUAUAAGUUUUAACGGUUUGUCAAUGCUUAUUGGAACGUCAAGAAAAAGAUUUUUAGGUACGAUUACCAAUCAACCUAAUGCAGAAAAUAGAGUCAUAAGUACCGCUGCUUCAAUAAUUGCUUGCAUUGAGCAGCGGACAGAUAUAGUGCGAGUACAUGACGUAGCAACGGUAAAGGAAGCAACUAUCACCGGUGAUGCAAUUUAUAGGGAUAUUUAUACUAAGUAA